UGUCGGCUGGGACGGGGCGGAGAUGUGGCCGGUGGGGAGGCGAUGGGGCCGGCGGGAGGGAGCCCUGCUGUGUGGCGUGCUGGUGGCGGCGUGGGAGGCGGCGUGGGGGCAGCUCCGCUACUCGAUACCCGAGGAGAUGCCGAAGGGCUCGUUCGUGGGCGACGCUGCCAAGGACCUGGGGCUGCAGCUGCGGGCGCUUGGCGAAAGUGGCGUCCGCAUCAUAGACAGAGGAAGGACGCAAUAUUUCGCCUUGCACGGGAAGACGGGAUAUUUAGUGACGGCGGAGAGGAUAGACAGAGAGCAGGCCUGCGAUAGUGUGCAGCAAUGCGUUCUGCGCUCUGAGGUGAUAGUGGAAGGAGACAUGCAGAUUUACGGUAUCGAAGUGGAGAUUAGGGACAUCAACGAUAACGCCCCCAGCUUCAAGGAGGUUGAGCUGGACCAGAGAAUAAGCGAGAUGACAGCGCCGGGGACGCGGUUUCCCCUGACCGAGGCUCACGACCCGGACUCGGGAUCGAAUUCUGUGCAGAGCUACGAGCUAAGCGGCGACGAGCACUUCUCGCUGGCCGUGCAGACGGGUCCCGGCGGGGAUCAGCGUCCCGAGCUGGUGCUGGCGAAGGCGCUGGACCGGGAGGAGGCGGCGUUUCACGAGCUGGUGCUGAGGGCGAGCGACGGCGGCGAGCCGGCGCGGACGGGCACGGCGCGGAUUCUCGUGGCGGUGCUGGACGCCAACGACAACGCGCCCGUGUUCAGCCAGGCGGAGUACACGGUGCGUGUGCCGGAGGACCUGCCCGUGGGCUCCAUCCUUGUCACCGUCACGGCCACAGACCCCGACGAGGGGCUCAACGGGCGUGUGACAUAUUUGUUUAAGAAGAUCACGGAAAAGGCCUCGAGGAUUUUCCAUCUGGACGCUGAGACGGGAGCGAUCUCGCUGGUGCGUAGCCUGGACUUUGAGGAAGGCGACUCCUACGAAAUGGAGGUGCAAGCACGGGACGGCGGGGGUCUUUCCAACACAGCGAAAGCAGUGAUCACCGUGACAGAUGUCAAUGACAACGCCCCUGAAGUGACAGUAUCGUCGGUGCUGAGCGAGAUCUCUGAGGACGCUCCGUCGGGGACAGUAGUGGCCCUGCUGCACGUACAGGACCGCGACUCAGGAGCCAACGGCGAGGUGCGGUGCAGCAUCUCUGAGACUCUCCCAUUCCGGCUGGAGAGGUCGUUUGAGAAUUACUACCGCGUGGUAACGACUCGAGAGCUGGACCGGGAGCAGGUGCCAGAGUACAACGUGACGGUGCGGGCGGCGGACGGCGGGUCGCCGGCGCUGUGGAGCAGCGCGGUGCUGUGGCUACGGGUGCUGGACGUGAACGACAACGCGCCGGUGUUCGAGGAGGCGCGCUACAGCGCCCGCGUGCCCGAGAACAACGCGGCGGGCGCGCUGGUGCUGAGGGUGCGGGCGUGGGACGCGGACUGGGGGCAGAACGCGCGCGUGCGGUAUCGGCUGGGGGAGGGGCGUGUGAGGGGCGCGCCGCUGUCGUCGUACGUGUCGGUGGAGGCGGAGACGGGCGCGCUGUACGCGCUGCGCUCGUUCGACUACGAGGAGGUGCGCGAAGUGGGGCUGUGGGUGCGGGCGGAGGACGGCGGCGCGCCGGCGCUGAGCAGCAACGUGUCGGUGCGGCUGGUGAUCGUGGACGAGAACGACAACGCGCCGCAGGUGCUGUACCCGCCGGCGGCGCCGCUCGCGGCGGGCGCGGGCUGGGCGGGCGUGGAGCUGGCGCCGCGCUCGGCGGAGCCCGGGGCGCUGGUGGCCAAGGUGGUGGCGGUGGAUGCGGACGCGGGGCAGAACGCGUGGCUGUCGUACGAGCUGGCCAAGGCGACGGAGCCGGGGCUGUUCCGCGUGGGGCUGCACAGCGGCGAGGUGCGCACGGCGCGCUUCCCGCUGGCCCGCGACGCGGCGCGGCACAGCCUGGUGGUGGUGGUGAAGGACCACGGGCGGCCGGCGCUGUCGGCCACGGCCACGCUGACGGUGGUGCUGGCCGAGAGCGUGGCCGAGCUGCUGGCCGAGCUGGGCAGCGCGGCAUCGGCGGCGGCGCCGGGCGAGCCGGCCGGCAGCCUGACGCGCUGGCUGGUGCUGGCCGUGGCGGCCGUGUCCUGCCUCUUCCUCGCCUUCCUGCUGCUGCUGCUGGCGCUGCGCCUGCGGCGCUGGCGCCGCUCGCAGCUGCUGGCGGCGGGCAGCGGCGCCUUGCGCGGCGUGCCGGCCUCGCACUUCGUGGGCAUCGACGGCGUCCGCGCCUUCCUGCACUCCUACUCGCACGAGGUGUCGCUCACGGCCGACUCGCGCAAGAGCCAGCUCCGCUUCUCGGGCGCCAGCUGCUGCGACACCCUCCCGGCCCGCCCGCCGCCCGACGAGCCCGCGCCGCUGCUCGGGGAGGACCCCGCCGCUCCCCCGGUGAGUUCCAAUGACCGCCCUUUCUCCGAGACGCUUCCCUCUGAUGCUUCUGUGUCCUUUCCCCGCCGCGUUCUGAUGUGUCCCGUGUAGGGAGGUUUGGUUACA